CAGAACUGGAUCGCGAAGCUGCGCGGCACCCUGCGGUACGACUUUGCGGCCAAAAUGUGGUUUUGCUGUACCAGUCUGAAGUUUGGCAAGCCCGGGACCGGGGGUCAGUGCUUCUGCGUGCCGAAGACCCUGAUGCCGAGGUAUUUGCGGCUGACGAGUUCGGAAUCUUGUUCUACUAGUGGUGGAAGUGGAAUGUUACACGAUGCAGACGGAACGACCGUGUUCAACGAGUUGGAAGAUCUUCGACUAGAACCAACGCGAUCUUUUUCUGGUGAAAAUGCAAAAACACAAAGCGGAGAGGGAGACCACAUCUGCAACACAAGGUCGUGGUCAUCUUCCAGUUGUAGUUCAAGUUCUGCAAUUUCAACUUCUUGUUCUUCCAGACAAGUCAAUUCUUCUGCGACAGAAGACGUACAGGAAAAAGAAGUCGUGUCCUCUUUAUUCACUUCAUUUUCGUCUUCCAAGAACCCGACUCCGUCUCUUGAAUCGGUGUCCACCGAAGCCACGGUGGAGGAUUCGAAAACUGACAAGGACGCGGUGCGCAACCGGCAACAUUCCUGUCGUCGUGGUCGUUGCGAGGUCUACAAGGUCGCAGAAGUAGUCGAUGUCGAACAAGCUGGUGUACUACAGAGAGAGAAUUCAUCAGUAUGCGACCGGAACUACUACACCGAGGGACUUUUGUCGCCAUCAAGGAAGAGAAGAAUUGAUCUUGAUCGGGAAGUGGAUGAAAAUAUCGAAGCAGCUGCGGCGGCAAGCAGGGCGGAAAUGUCAGCAUCAAUUGGACGACAGGAAGACAAGAAGCUUGACGCUGUGCUUUCCAUCAACUCGGACGAUUUUACCUCUUCUACAGCAUCUCCUGACGAAACAGCAAGCACUCUGACUUUUUUGACGAAUCCUGCCAGCUGCAACGCCGACGUUUUCAGAAGAGAGUACCACGCAGUGGGCGUGGUUUUCCGGGUGCCAGUCCUGAAGCCGUGGCAUUAUCACGUGUGACAAUAUUCAUUUGUCCCUCGAUAUCGAUAAGUAUCGAUUAUGUUGUCGCUUCAAACUUGUUGUGAUUGUGAUAAUGAUCUCAUGCGCCGGGGGGGCACAUGCGGUGCCCCCAAAACAAGGGUCUUCUAGCUGCGCGUGCGCAGUCGUUCUUUGACAAGCAAAAGCAGUGCAGAUCGUUCUUAAGUAUACAAAUUUUUGCAUCGUUACCUUCUCGAAAAAAUGCAGCAGUAAGAGGAGUCGAUGGAUUGUCACACGUGAUACAGCAAGGGAGAAGUUUAUGACCAACUCGCGGAGCCGAAACGAGGAGAUUUGCAGGGUUACUGCUUUAUCAACCGACUUCAAUGCCCCCUCCUCUACAGCUUUCAAUUGAAUCAAUGCUCCAUUAUCCUGACACGUGUUGUUGUUUUUUUUUCAAUUAUUUUUUUUCGUCUAGAAGUGAUCACGACCCGAAUCUCGCUUUUUUUCAUGCGAUCAUGAGAAGCCACACGUAUAAACGCAUACGCAUUGCUCAUGGCUGCACCAUUUUUCAUAGAGACGUGGAUACUCAACAUAUUUAUUCAUUGAUACUACACCGUUGACAUACACAUAGGAAUUUUGCUUAGAACAACAAUGAGCGACUUGGACUUGCCUUCAUGCUGCAAGCACAAAUUUCCGCGCAUCAACAUCAUGGUAUGUGGUUUUAAUGAUCUCGAGCUGCUGCGCCGAGAGUUUGCUUGAGAAAUAGAUUCAAAAAAUUUUGGUUUAUUUGCACCUGAGGUAAAGAUAUGGUUCGUCAUCUGCAUUGUUGCAGAUGCAGGCGGAGAUGUAU